ACAGCAUCAACCAGCCACAACACAGCGGCAAACACGCAGAAGGCAUUUCCGCAGCCCAUACGCAUGUAAUAUCGAAACUUCUGGUAGCGUGGUGUUCUUUUUUUGCCAGAAAAUCACAGUAGGCUCGCACCCAGUCCAUUUCUCCGUGGAUCUCAAUAAAUUAUCGCGCGCAGGCCUUCUAUCGGUGGAUAUCUUUCGCGCAAGUCUAAUAUCGGUGGAUCGCAAAAUGGCUUGCCAUUCGAUGCUUGCUGAGCUUACUCCGAGAGAGAGAGAGAGAGAGAGAGAGAGAGAGAGAGAGAGAGAGAGAGAGAGAGAGAGAGAGAGAGAGAGAGAGAGAGAGCGAGAGAGAGAGAGAGAGAGAGAGAGAGAGAGAGAGAGAGAGAGAGAGAGAGAGAGAGAGAGAGAGAGAGAGAGAGAGAGAGAGAGAGAGAGAGAGAGAGAGAGAGAGGGAAUGAAGCGAGAGAGACCCCAUGUCUCAAGAGGAGAAGAGUGGCAGUGGUAGCAGUGCACAUAAGCAGGCACCAGAGAGGGGUCAAUAGUGUUGACAGGGGUCUACACUUCUGUAUCCAUGAUGUGUAGUGUAGGACAACGUGUCACACAAGGCCAACAUUUGUUGAGGUGCAUAGCAUGUUGGAAGGAUAAUUUCACAACAUAACCUAAUGUGGGUCAUUA